AUGGUGCCUUGCUCUGACGAGGUCCGUCACACUACUGACGAAAUCUUAGCAAAGAUUCGUCGGUGUCGCAGGGCGGUGUGCCCAGGACCUAUUCACACAAAUCCACAGUUACAGCUUCAAGACAGCCUUCGGGAGAACGUUCAGGACCACCAGAAACAGCUAAACUCAAUUCAAGAGGAGGCCGCCAGAGCCAGAAGAACUUUAGAAGCUGAGCUAAAUGAAUUGCAAAAGGACUACAAUGAAACUUUGAUAAGGAUUGAACGUGUGACCGAAAGGAAGAACGAUCUCAAGGGGACCGUCCAUGAAUUACAGACCAAACUCAACAGUGCCGAACGGCAAAAUGAAUCGCUUGGUGAGCGCUGGAAGGAACGUUGCUCCCUCCUUGACCGUCUCGAGACUCAGUUGGCGCAGAUGCGCGAGGAAUGGCAUGCAGAGCAAACAAAAAUUAUGAAGCAGCGUGAUGCAGCUCAGUUGCGCAUCAAGGAUCUGCUAAUGCAGAUGGAGCGCAUGGAAGUUGCAUUUCGUGAGCAGAUGUGCAAAGCUGAGGCCAGCAAGAACACUAUACUCUCUGCAGCUGAUGCCAAAAUUCGGGCAGUAGAGGAGGAUUGUGCCGUCAAAGUUGCUAAGGUGCCAGUAAUAAUUGUGAUUUUUCCAUUUUAUACUCUUUCUUUGUAA